UAAAGCAAUAUGAAUUUUGAUAGUUCUCUCAUGAGUGCAAAACUACACCAAAAAGAUCUUGUGUUCAUGAGUUUAGAGGAUUAUUUAUUCAAUGAGAUGACUCAGAGUUUGACAAAGGAAAUCAUAAACCAAGAUAAAAUAUCUGAUCAAUCCGUUGCUUCUUGUAAAAGAACUUCUGAGGCUCCACUUGAUCCUUUGACACUUAAUGUCUUUGCUAGGGAUCCUUCCGAAGUUAUAGACAAGGAUUUUUCACAAGAAGGUGAGAGGGGUUCAAAGCUUCUUAAUGAAUCAGAAGACUUACCUCAUAUAAACUUAGGAAUAUCAAGACUCUCUGACAGAAAUGAAGAAGAAAAGACUCCAACUCCAAUAAUAUCAAACACUUGAAGUUCUCCAAAAACUCCAAGGCCAGAUAUUGAGAAUAGGAAAAUAUUGAGAGUUAUACGGAAGCUUUAUUCUGAAUUGUUGUUUUACCAUAACGAUAAACUUAAGAACAAGAGGUUCACCAAUAUAAAGUACUCAGUGCUCUUGGAGGCUCUCACUGAUAUGUGCUCUAUCUAUAUGCCUGAAGUACCAGCAGAAGAGAUGGGGCAGUUUAUGUUUAUGUUUCUAAACAUUCACUCCCAAGAUAAAUGAACCAUUAAAACUAAAGCAGCCAGAGCAGGAAAGAAAGCAUUUGAGUGUAGCCAUAAAUACAAAAGCUCUAAAUUUGAGGCUCUUCUAGAUUUUAUGCACUUUAGACUCCUCAUAACCUCAUUUUGGAAAUUAAAAGACACAUCUUUGGAAGAUUUAUUAGUGAUGAAGUCUCAAAUAUCCUGGCCGAACCAGUAUAAUUUCAGCAGAGAGAAGUAUACAAAACUCAUCAAAAAGUGACUUGACCCCAAGAUUCUAAAAUCUCUCGAGCCGAGUAUAAGUCAACUUCAUAAGGAGUGACUCAAAAGCUAUUGGGUUUAGAAAUUAACGCCCAAAGACUUUUAUUAAAUGGAGUUUAUUAAAUUUUAAUAUGCUUCC